GAGAGAGAGAGAAGCUCUUAUUUAUCAGAAGACUGCAAAUCCGCUUGUGAAUUAUCUAAUUGACCGGAGAUGGCCAUCGUUGACGAUAGAACUUCGUCGGACGGCAGCAGCGGUGGUGGCAAAGUUUGGGGAUUAUUUAAGUUACCCUUUCGGAGCACAAAUAAUAGUUCCACGCAUACAACUUCCUCGACUUCUUCAUACCAAAUUGAAGGAUCAAACCCUCACAACAACAUCAACAUCAACAAUAACCAUAGCUCGAGCUCCGGCAGCUCGGUCUCAUCGGUAGCUAGAUCUCUUCUUCCAACACGACGUCGUCUUCGACUUGAUCCGCGAAAUAAGCUUUAUUUUCCCUAUGAACCUGGUAAGCAAGUCCAAAGUGCUAUUAAGAUAAAGAACACCAGCAAAUCUCAUGUAGCUUUCAAGUUUCAAACAACCGCUCCAAAAAGCUGUUUCAUGAGGCCUCCUGGAGCUAUUCUUGCUCCUGGCGAGAGUAUUAUUGCAACUGUUUUUAAGUUUGUGGAGCCUCCAGAGAACAAUGAAAAACCAAUGGAUCAAAAAAGAAAAGUCAAAUUCAAAAUCAUGAGUCUGAAAGUCAAAGGGAUGAUGGAUUAUGUACCUGAGCUAUUCGAUGAGCAGAAAGAUCAAGUGGCAGUGGAACAGAUUUUACAAGUUGUUUUUCUAGACGUGGAACGCCCUAGCCCUGCUUUGGAGAAAUUGAAACGUCAGUUAGCCGAGGCAGAAGCUGCUCUUGAAUCCCGCAAAAAACCUCCGGAAGAAAUCGGGACAAAAAUUGUUGGUGAAGGUCUUGUCAUAGAUGAAUGGAAAGAGAGAAGAGAGAGAUAUUUGGCCAGACAACAAGUUGAAGGCGUAGACUCGGUUUAAUAAGUUUGUUCCUUUUAUGUUCAUUUUGUAUCAUUUGGUGUAUGAUCAUGCAGUACAAUCUGUUCUGUCUUGUCCUGUUCUGUUCUCUGCACAAAAGAGUUGUGCAGAAGACGUUUGAAAAAAGAAAAUGUUUCCAUGUAAAAAGCUUUGGUGAGUUGAAUCUGUAACUUGAGGGGUA